CUUCUGUUGGAUUGGUUGUUGAAACAUGAAACAAUUAAUUCUUGAGAAACAUAAUAGAAGACUUGCGUAGAGAGUUUUUCUUCUUUUAGAAUUAAUAUAGUCCUUAAGCUAGCUUCUUUUGAAUAAAAUGUUCUUACUUUUGCCGUUAAUACUUUGCAUUUUAAUGGCUAAUAUUUGGCAGAAAAUGGAUGCUGUAGUUGGGGACAUAACCAUUAGAGCAAAUCGGUCAUUGUAUGUGGAUUUCACAUUGCCUUACACUGAGUCUGGUGUGUACAUGAUAGUACCAAUUAAGGAUGAUAGAAGUGAUAAUGCGUGGGCAUUCUUGAAGCCUUUGACUUGGGAUCUUUGGGUGACAAGUGGUUGUUUCUUCAUUUUUGUUGGUUUUGUAGUAUGGGUUCUUGAACACAGAAUUAACGAAGAUUUUCGUGGACCUCCAUACCAUCAAAUUGGAACAAGCUUUUGGUACUCCUUUUCAACCAUGGUUUUUGCACAUAAGGAAAAAGUUGUGAGUAACUUGGGAAGGUUUGUAGUGAUCAUAUGGUGUUUUGUAGUGCUCAUACUCACCCAAAGUUACACAGCUAGUUUGACCUCACUUUUAACAGUCCAAAAGCUCCAACCAACCAUUAAUGAUGUUAACCAACUCUUGAAGAACAAGGAGAAAGUUGCUUUUCAAAAGGGUUCUUUUAUAGAAGGAAUAUUGAAACAAAUGGGGUUUGAAGAUCACCAAUUUAUGAUCUAUAACACUCCAGAAGACUUAUACCAACUCUUUGAAAAUGGUAGUAAAAAAAAUGGGAUUGCUGCUGCUUUUGAUGAAACACCUUAUAUUAAAGUUUUUCUGGCAAAAUAUUGCUCCAAGUUUACCAUGGUUGAACCAACAUUCAAAGCCGACGGCUUUGCUUUUGUAAGUCUAUGAUUUCAAUUUAUAUACCCUUGAAAACAAAGGCUCA